AUGAAACGAAAUCACAGUGGAACUCCUGUAAUGAUGAUUCAUCGGUGGAACCGGCCAGCUCUGUCAUGCAAGCCUUGCCGGGAGAAAAAGCGUCGGUGCGAUCGCAACCAGCCCUGCUCCAGUUGCACGCAGAGACAUAUCCGGUGCGAAUAUGCCUCGCAAAGUGAUCAUAACCAGCUAUCUGGGGGGAACUCACGGGCAGUGCCUGCUUCUCUAAACCCAGAAGAGGUGCUGUAUCGCCUCCAAAAGCUAGAGGAAGCGGUCUUCCAUAAUCCUAGUGGGGCAACCCAUCAACCGAGGGCAUCCCCAGCAAACAAUGAGGAACAUAUCUCCCCUACUGGCUUUACUUCAGUUAAUUCUCACGUUCGAAACUCUCACAAUGAAAUUUACCAUACAAGAAGUAUAGCCAGGCAUCUCCCGGAGAUAGACGAAGCUAGAGAGUUGUUCAAACAUUUCGUAGUCACUAUUGGGCCUACGUUUGGGGUCCUCCAUUUACCUUCUACGAAAGAGCUAAUGGAACAGGCUUAUAAGACCAUGCUUGAGGGUCAGGGGCUAGACGCUGCUAGGUUGCUGUUGCUUCUCAGUGUAUUUGCUGGCUCAAUGCUUGCCUGGACACCUCAGCUUUUGAAUAAGCUGAACGCCACGCCAACAGAAGCACAGGCAGCUUUCAAGGUAUACACACGCCUCGCAAUAUCAAUCUUAGAUUAUUCUCAGCCCGUGGAGCCCUCCACUACUGCACUCGCCGCUAUGGCUACUUUGUCACAUAUGGUUGGCAAUUCUGAUGGCUAUCCUUACAAACUUCCGUUAAUUCGCUUCCGUUGCUUCGCCAUGGCUCGCGCAAUGCACAUCCAUCGUUUAGAUACCCCGAAAAGUUGCGAACAAAGAAAGCUAAAAGGAUAUGACCCAAUUGAGCUCGAAGUCCAAAGACGGAUCUGGUGGAACAUGGUGGCGAGCGACUGGCUAAACUCAUUUUCUGGUGGUCCCCAGGAAGGAGCAUACUUGAUCCAGCCAAAGCACAUGAUGGUCAAUUAUCCCACCGAUGUUGACGAUGAGUUUAUUACACCAACGGGGAUACUGCAGGACCGCCCCUUAUCUCAACCCUCCGCGUUGUCCGCCUUUAUCUACCGUGUGAAGCUAGCUACUCUUUGCCGCGAAGUCGUCGAUACGAUGCCGUCAAUUUGGCUGGAGGCACAAGAGCCGGAUUACGAAACAAUCUUAGAGUUAGACAGGAGGUUUCAGAACUUCCUAAGUGAACUUCCAACCUUCUUUCAACUAGACCCCGACAGCAUUGAACAAAGCCAAAAAAUAUGUGAAGAGCGUCCCCAUAUCCCUGUUCAGCGAAUCAGUCUGCAUUUUAGUCUCCAUACGCGCCUCUGUCGGCUUCACCGACCUUACCACCUCGAAGGUGUGGCAAACCCAAGAUACGCCUAUUCCCAUCGCGCAUGUAUACAGUCUGCGCAGAAAGUGCUAGAGCUGCGACGCUUGAUGGACGAUGCGGGUGCACGGAUUGGAUUGAAACCAGGACGCUUCUGGACGGCAAACCAGCAUUGUUUCCUCGCUGCCCUUAUUCUAGCUACCGACGUUUCAUUUAACCCUGACGCACCAGAUGCGGAGGCUAGGAAGGCUAAAGUGCUUAGUGCUUACGAAACACUCGAGAAGUCGAAGGAAGAGUCAAGUAUUCUGGUAGAGACAAUCCAGAAAAAUAUGCAGACUCUUAUCCAGCAGAACCCCUCAGAACGACGAGUACUCGCGGGGCCUUCAUGGUACAUCUAUAUCCAGUCAUACAGCAGAUACAUUGGCAAUACGGCUCCUCACACGAACGUUCCACCUGAGGAAGGGGUCCGGGAGGAAGAAUGGGACCAGCUAUGGUCAGACUUUCUAGCGGUCGCGCCCGGUCUCGACAUCCCGCAGUGGAACUCCUUGUUGGAUGAUAUGGACUUCAACUUCGGCGAAAGCACAUAA